UCAAAUUGGUAGCUAUCACCAACCAGUGAACUUGCGUUUUACCUGUGAUGUCACUAUUUUGUGUUGGACCCCUGAGCUUUGAUUUAUCCUGUUAAAAUAACCUUACAAACUAUGAGCCAAAAAAAGCCAGCAAAAAUUACCUCUUCACCCCAGCACCAAACUCCCAAGUUGUCUCCAAAGUCCCUAAACUAAAUAUUCACUCAGGAUGUGUUUCACUGUAGAUGGGAUCUCUCAUUCCCGAUUGUUCGAAGCUAACUGAUCAUGUUCACUGUCAUUGAUUUUAAGAAAUUAAGCCUGCACAGGUGAGUGGGGAUAUAGUAGAUGCAGAACCAAUGCUGCAAACUUAUAAAAAUGUUACAGCAGACGAGAUGCAAAGUCCCUUAGGCAGUUCAGUUUCAAUGCUUAUGCUAAUGCAAAUCUUGGUUCCUUUUCAAUUAUAGUUGUAACCAUUUGAAAAUGGGAACCAUGUCUUUGUUAUAGCCAUUGUUUUAAGAUGCUUUUAUUUUCAUAAAAGGCCCAACAUGGUAAUCCAUGUUUGUGAUGAAUCCAAAAACCUGAAGCGUGAUUUUGUUUGUCCUCGGAAUCUACUAGUCAGUGAGAUGAAGUACUUUGCUGAGUAUCUAUCUGUUGAUGCACAACGCUGGCAGGAAGUAGACAUAUCGGUGCACUGUGAUGUCCAUAUCUUUGCCUGGUUGAUGAGCUAUGUGAAGAGGAAACUAAAACAUCAAGGACAAACUGAACAACCAGAACUAGAGCCCAGUAAUGUUAUUUCAAUCCUCAUUUCAUCUGAAUUUUUGAAAAUGGAUUCCUUGGUUGAAGAAUGCAUGCAAUACUGUCAUAAAAAUAUGAGUGCCAUUGUAGCUACUCCUUGCAAUAUGAACUGUAUCAAUGGGACCCUGGCCUCGCGUAUUGUUGAUCUUUUCUCCCACAAUGAAGCUGAUGAAGUAAAAGACAGAAAAGAUAAAUUUAAAAGUAAAAUAUUUUGCAAGAAGAUUGAGAGGUUGUUUGAUCCAGACUACAAGGAUCCAGACUCUCCAGCAAGUGCUGAUACAUUAUACAGAUGUAGCAUGUGUAAGAAACUUCUUACCAAGGAAACUGAGAAAAUGAUUCCCUGUGCUCCUGUAAAAAUAAAUAUCGAUCUACGAGGAAACAUAAUAUACUUGCACAUUAGAGAUAAAAGUUGGGAUGUGCAUGACUAUUUGAACAGUCUUUAUGAAGACCUGAAGUCUUGGCAAGAUGUGUACUGGCGUUUAUGGGGAACUAUAAAUUGGUUGCUUUGCACAAGGUGCAAAAAAGUUUUUCAAUGCACUGAGCUCUCCCACUGCCAGUACCACCCAGAACAAGUGGUGUAUCCUUUGAUAAACAACCAGUUGACCACUCCAGGAAUUGGAUACUAUCCUUGUUGUAAGCAGAAAGUCCUACGGUUUGAUCCUCUUCAAACGAAUACUGGUUGUAAAGUGCGGGAUCAUGUUGUCAAAUUACCCAGUCAGCUUCAAAAUGGUAAAAUUACUUCAGUAUCAGUCAACCAAGUGUACUGUGAUGUUCUCCAGCACAAGGAUGUUGUCUGUGUGCCAUUCAGUAAAACAGAGGAGAGUAAUGCAAACACGCAUCUUUCUGGCGAGCAGGACCUUGAUUUUGAUAUCUUAGCAGAGCCAAAUUCAUCGAAAGGACAGAAAGUCGGUGAUGUCACAACUUUUUCACUUUUGAAAAACUGGAGCUUGCAGCUGAAACAACAAAUAAUGUAUUCUGAAGAUGAAGAAUAUACUACCGGUUCAGAGGUAACUGAGGAUGAAGUGGGAGAUGAAGAAGAACUGACAAAGAAAAGAGGUACAAAAAAGAUUAAGAAACUUGCUAAUCAGACAAAGAAGUCAGCAGCAUCUCCUACUACACAGAAAAAAGAGAAAGGAUCCCUUCGAGACGUAUCUCCUUUCACUGUAUGUUUUCAGAAAAGCAAGUGGGACAGCAGUCGCUCAAUGCGAUUUAACCAGGACGCUCAAAGAGAGGAAGAUCAAAGAAGAAUGGUUGAAAUAAUUGGACAUCUGACAAAAAUAAGAUUUGGAGAAAAAAUUGAUCGCACCAAGGGAAAAGAAGGAAAAGAGUUUGCUGGUGGCAUUUACUGCAGAUUGGAAUCCCAGCUUAAAGCCUGUCCACCAACAUCAUCUCGUCAGAAUAAUUCAUCGCAAAAUGCAAGGUCCAAAGCCCGCUUUUCCCAGAUGCGCCCAACAUAGUGGAUUCCAAGAACUAAAAAGGAUGAUCCUUUGAUUUUUUGAGAUGAUUGAUUGCUAAAUACUGAACUACACAAUACUUUAAAUCUGCAUGUUUAAUUUCAUUAUUAAAUAUUUAUACAUGUAUGAUCACCUGACGGUUUUCCUAAUUUUACAGUAAUAUAUACUUCAACUAUAUCAGCGAGAUGAGACCAAGUUAAUUUCAUUUAUUAUGUUAGCUGUUCUGCAUCUGUUAGCAUUCAGAUUAGUUCGGAUAGAUUAGUUGCACUUAUGCCAUAAAUUUGUACCCUUUCCUACAUAACUUCCAGUGUAGCAUUUGUGGUUGUCCAAAACUACAAUGAAUUCACUAUUAGAACUGUGAACUGCAGUUUAGUAAUUCUCCUACUGUUACUCAAUGUUAAAAAGCUUUAACUUGCAAAAUUUUGAAGCUUAAGUUGCUGGACAACUGAUCCUAAAACAAAAUAUCUUCAUUUGAAAAAACUGGUUAGCAGCCAUCAUGAAUUUAGGAAAGUGUGUUCUAUAUGUUUAUGGCUACCUGGGGUUCUUAUUGCUGUGUAGUAUUAUUCCAGAUGUCUUUGAUGUGAUAUGACCUAGACCAUUAUUUAUAUACAAAUUGUUUUCAUAUACUAUUCCUUUGUUUUUAACUUCAGUUUCAGUUCAUGAUAUCUAAAUAUUAGUACUUUAAAAUUCUUUAGAAUUCAAUUUUAUACUGUAAUUUCUGAAGUAAGUUUAUGGGGAUUUUAAAAGCCAUUUCUAGCAUUCUGCACUUAUUAGAUAAAGUGAAAUAGCUUACACAAUGUAAUAGAGUCUAUACCCCUUUUAAGAGCUCCUAGCAGACUUGAUAGCCAUUUCCCAUUUUUCACAAAUUAUGAAAAUAAAUACAUGGAGGAAUACACGCUGUCUUCAUUUAUAUCACAGUAAAUAUAAAAUUGUGAAUUAUAGCACAGAGGAUGUGAAAAUCAUGGAGAUGUGUACUGAGGAGCUUUAAGAUCUAGUUUUGAGUUAUGGUCUACUGUCUUUCCAAAAAAGGGCUUUAUCUUGCAUAUUUAUUGUUUUCUUAAAGUGAAACUUGCAUUCAAGCUUAGUGUAUAUAUUUUCUUUACACACUACCUACGUGGUUGACAAUGAAGAGUGACUUCCUCAAUGAAAUGUGAAAUAUACAGAAUGGUACUAUAGAGUUUUCAGCAAUAUGGUGUUUCGGGAAAUUAACACAAUCAAACUAUCUGAAAACCAAUAACGUUUCAUUUGAGCAAUGAGGUGGCCAAAAGCAAUUCCAAUGGCUUAAUUUCUUCUGGUGCUUAUCCAAACGCCCAACGUCUGUACCCCAUUUAGAUGUUGGUUUUAUACUGUCAAAACUGAUUCAAAAACAAUAAUUUUGUUUUGUAUGUUUUUAAACAGUUUUAGAUGUUUGCCUAUAGUGAUAUGUUUUAAGAUUGAUUAUAAAUGCAACUGCUAUAGAGUCAUGUUAAAGCUUAUUUUGGCUGACUGUUGUCGUGCAAUCUAUUUUUAAACCUCAAAUAUUUUAAUAUGGUUAUCAAACCAUCUGAUAUUGACCAAAACUUAUGUCCCAGUGAAGUAUAGUAUCAGUUCAUUUAUGCAAUUUAUCAAAUUAAUUUUAUUGUUCACUAUGGUUCUGUUUUUAAAAUUCCAGCUUUCUAUCAAUUUGAGUCUUUUACAAUAUUUCUACUAUUGAGGUUUAUGUGAAAUAUUCUGCACUGUAUGUAAGAUGCACUCAACAUUGUAUUGUUCGUUGGAUUUUUAUUUAAAAAUCUAUCUAUUGUAUA